AUGCCACCAUCAACAAGAGCAGGGCAGACCAGAAGGGAUGAGAGAGAUGAUGAUCAAGCAGCCAUGGCUGCAGGCAAUGGGGAGGUGGAGAAGAUUCCCAAGGACAUCUCAAGUUCCAUUGCACAUAUCAAGAAACUUAGUGAUAGCAACUGGCACACCUGGGAGCCCACCUUCAUCAACUGCCUGCAACAAGUACACAAUGCAAAGGAGAUUCUGUAUGGUGACAUAGCACCUGGAAGUGAGGAAUAUGAUGAGGACUUGGACAAGGCCCUGGUAGGUCUCAUUCACACUUGCUGUGAUCACAGCCCAGAAAGCCACAUUGACGCAUACACUGUCAGGGGGGCGGAUGAGGAAAUCCAACUUGGUAGUAUGCUUUACACUAAGCUUAAGAAGGCACUAACAUUUAAUGACAUGGUAAAGCAAGCAGGCCUGCAGGACCACAUCCAUACCAUAUGUCUGUACAAUCAGGAUGUCAUCAAGCUGGGCAAGGAACUUGACUCCAUCUGGAACGAUGCAGCACAUCUUGGGAAGCAUUUUGAUGAGGAUCUAAAGAAAUCCAUGCUCUACUGCUGCACAGCUCAAGACUGGUUCUAUGCCAACUCAGUUGAUGCACUCAAGACAGCUAAACCAGAUUCAAAGAAACAGCAGGAUGGUGAGAUCUCUGGCCAUAUCAGAGGGGCAGCUAGGGUCACUGUGAGUGUGGAACAGGGGGACAACAACCAGGUGGAGCAGGGACCAAGAGGCAGGCACAAUCCCCACAACCCCUCAGCCCCUCUGAGAUGCUAUGUGUGUGGAGGACUGAACCAUAUUGCCUGCAAUUGCAUGAACAACAACAUGAACAACAAUAAUCCCACACCAAGCAUGGGCGAACCUGCUGCCCAUAUAGCACAAGAAGCGAGCUUGAUCGAGAACAGUGCAUGGAUAAUCUUUGAUGAGUUCAGGACCACCAUAAAGCAAAAUGAUGGUACCCAAGUACAUUACAGGAGGAACAGGAGAAAGGGCCAGUUCAAAGUACAAGGACAGGCACUGGCCCUAGAGCUGGAGGAGGCACUAAAUGAUGUCCCAGAGGAUGACCAGAACACAGGAAGACAAGACAAUGUCCCAGAGGACAAUAGGAACACAGGAGACUGGGACAGCUACCUCUGGCACAAGAGGUUUGGACACCUGGGACAAGAUAAGACAAGGCAGAUCUGGGUGCACUACCUCGGUACUGAUGAGAGGAUGAAGCACAAAUUGAAGCAUUGCAAUGCAUGCAGUCAAGGGAAACAGACCCAAGCACAGAUGAGCCAAUCAGAGUUGAAAAGAGUGGGGGCACCACUAGGGCUAGUACACAUAGAUUUGAUGACAGAUUUCAAGGGCCAUGCCAACUACCACUAUGCACUAGUUGCUGUGGAUGACUUCUCCUCCCUAAUCUACAUGGAACUGCUCUGCACUAAGGGUGCUGCACUCAUGGCGCUGAGAAGUGACAAUGGAGGAGAGUGGUGCAGCUUGGGAGCUGAAGACUGGCAAACUCAGGAGGGUUUCAAGUGGCAAAAGAGCAUCCUGGGGAUCAGUGUCCAAAAUGGACAGGCAGAGAGAGCAAUCAGAUUGGUCCAAGAAAAGAUGCACUCAAUGCUCAUUGGUCAAGCUUGCCCCAGAGAGUUAUGGCUGUAUGCAAUCACAGCAGCAGCACACAUGAUGAACCUCACCCUGUCAGCCACCAAGACCAUCCCUCACAAGGCCUUUUAUGGAACCACCACACACAAGCUGGCCCAACAGCUGCAAGUCUUUGGAUGCUUAGCAUGGGUCCAUGUUCAAUGGAAGGACCAGCAAAGCAAGUAUGGGGCUAGAGCAAAGCCAGCCAUCAUGAUUGGACCAGCCCACGUCAAUCCAAUGGAGCAACUUGUCAGGGGUCUCGCGCCAGAAACCCAGGUCGGUCUGUCGAGAUACUCAGUGACUAUCGAGUUGUGCAACAGCUAUUGUCUUGGUGUUGGUCUCGACAAGCUAGUCAUUUGGUGA